GCAAUAAAUGAAACCCCGCAGUCAGCGGAUUUAGCAUCAUUGAUUCCCUUUACUCUUAAAACUCUCGCCAGCCUGGGUCUGUUCUGGAACUUUGAAACCAUUUAUCGUCAGCCCGUUUUAUUAUUCAGAUGCCUUGCCUCUGCCCUAUGGCAGAUACAGAGUUCUUUUGAUUUGAGCGAAAUCGGAAAUUUUGAUAGUGAUGGUUUCACUGACCCUCCUCCCCUUCAUCCCUUCUCUCUUCAGCGGCUAGCUCAUGGCGAGAUUUCUCCAGGUAACGAAGUCUAUUGGGGAUUUAACUGCGAUGGUCCCGGAAACAUGGAUCCAACUUGUUAUCCAAAUACCCUGCGCCUCGCCUGGCAACACAUUUUGAAGCCAUACAAAUCUGAUUUCGGGGUUUAUAUUUCAGAACCUGAGAAAAGCUCGCCUUUCUGCGAGUAUGCACUCAUCAAUUAUCAACCUCUCGCUUCUCAUUGCGAACAGGCUCGACUUCUUAUUCAAUUUCGUUCAUCCAACUCUAUAGAGAAGUUCUCCACGUUUCUUGAGAAGUCCAGAAAACCAACUUGUGGAAACGAAGACCAGGAGACAAGCGCUCCUGGUGAGUGGUGCACCGAGAAGGAAGUACUAAGCUGUAUAAUGUGCGUCUUUCAGGUAAUGAGGUCAGACACAGUAAAGUUUAUUCAAUCCUUUCACAAAGAACUUAUUCGUAUGCGCGAAACCAUACGUUUGACUCCUUCGAGUAGCAAGAUGAAAUAUCUUCUCCAUCUUGAGGAUUGUCUUAGAACAAAUUUGCAAGGAAUCGAACACGGCAUGACGACUCUCCGAACUCUGCAAGUGUGGAGAAACCCCGAUGAGGAAGUGAAGAACCAAUUAGACACUAUGAGGAGAGACUUAGAGUUUGUGAAAACCCAGAUGGGAACCCUAUUGGACAACGUUAAACGCAACGAAGAGGUCUUGCGCCAGCGAUUUCAAGUCGUUCAAGACCUGCGUCUAUUUAGGCUCACAAUCUUGGCAGCCAUAUUCUUGCCUUUAUCAUUCACAACCAGCUUCUUUGGCAUGAAUAUUGAGAGUCCAGCUGUUGAAGGCCCAUCUGGAUUCUCAAAUUGGGCAAAAUCACAGUUGGAAGGACUGUCUCCAGAAUUGCGAAACUCAACCGAACUUCUCACGUCUACCAUAGGGAUGUCCGGAUCUCUCAACUUCAACUGGCGCAUUUUCGGCAUUGUCUCAGGCUGUCUCCUUCUCACUCUACCUAUAUCUUUAGCCAUAGGCAGCAUAUUACGCGCCAUAGCUAAAGGAGUUUCCAUUUCGGCGAUAUACUGGCGUACCUUUCUCGCUCUCCUUGCUCUAUUCUUUAUAACCGUCAGCGUCGGCGGGCUCUUUUUCUUGCAUCAAAGUGCUUGGAUAGCAGCGAACUCGUUGUUACUGGCGUAUGAAUUAUACGAGGCUCAAAGAGCCUGGAGAAGGGAGAGAAAAUACUUCUUCUGGGUGAUGGUUCUCACCACUACGGUGAGCCCCAUGGCCGUUACAUUAUUAUGGAGUGAUAAAGUAUUGUCGCUUUUCAUAAUCUUUCCCUACGCAUUACUUUUCCUUCGGUUCAAUUUGAAAUUUAGCUGGAGUGGG